GCGGGAGAUUCGGCUUGUUGCCGGGUGACCGUGAAACCACCCGCCCCCCCCCGGCCGGGACCGCACGGCGCCCCCGGAGCAUGGUGCAGAUCGUGAUCUCUAGCGGCGCCAGCGGCCCGGCGGAGUGGGUGCUGCUGGAGCUGCAGGGCGAGGUGGAGGCGCGCGGCGGCGGCGGGGGGCUGGCCGGCAGCCUCCUGGGCGACCUGCACUACACGCGCGAGGGGGUUCCCGUGCUCAUCGUGGGCCACCACAUCCUCUACGGGAGGGUGGUGCAGCUGGAGAAGCCCUUCGCCGUGCUGGUGAAGCAGGGCCCCGGCGAGCCCGGCCCCGCGGCCGCCUCCGCCCGCUACGCCGUGACCGCCCUCAUCAGGACCAAGCUUCUCUUCAAAACCCGCCCCAAGCCCAUCGUCACCAACGUGCCCAAGAAGGCGUGACGGCCGGGCGCCUGCCGGAGACGGGCCGCGGAGGGGGCGAGCCCCCCACUGCCCCCCCCCCCGGGACCGGCCCUGCUGGACGCGGCUCUGCCUCCGGGGGUGCCCGGCCCUCGGCGACGCCGGCCCUGCCUCCGCCGCAGCACGGUCCGGCCGCCACGGCGCGCUCGGCGCCGCUGGUCCCGCACUGCCGCCCUGCGUCACCCUCUACGAGCGACCCCGGGAGCGGCUGGGGCCGGAGCUGAGCACCCGCCUGUUGGCGCUGGGCACCAGCGGGGCUGGGACAGGGCCGCGAUUCCCCCGCUCCCCAACUCAGCAGCCUUUCUCUGUGCAAGUCUUUAUUGUGACAAAUCCCUCGGGAUACAAAAACAGACUCUUAAAAUAUGAAAAAAUACACAUUAAAAAAUAAAUAGUUUUACAAAUAAUCAGCGAUAAGUGUAAAUACCAAAAGAGCUACAAAAGUCUCCUAAAAAACCUCGUAUUAAAUA